AUGACGAUCCGCAUCCUCGUCAACGUUGCGCUGCUGGCCAUCCCCAUCGCCGUGACGCUGGGCAUCUUGUUUGGCCUGCAAUCGCACCGAGAUGCCACAGGACAGCCGCCGUUGUUUGCGCCUCAGCCGCCGCCAAUUCCCACGCCUGCGCCGCCGAAACCUCCAAAGAAUGGCGUCACCAAGACGAGGUAUUGCCAGAAGUCGUUUGGAAUUACACCAGAUACCACUGGGCAGAAGUAUAUAUUAAACCCCAACCAAUGGAACUGGAACGUCGGCGAUCCGGGGCGCUUGUGUAUGAAUGUCACCACGAAUAACAACGGCACAUAUCCCACAAGCACUACCGCACCUGAGUUCAUGAUUUCAUGGCAGUACCCCCCUGGCCCAGAGGACGACCCUGUACACGCUUUCCCCAACAUCCAGAUUGAUACCGAUGUUCUCCCGGCCACCGUUAACAGCAUUUCCAAAGUCGAUAUCGAUAUCGAAUGGUCCUACGGCGUUGGCAAUGAAACCACAACCGCUUCCUCCUCUGCGGAUUUGACUGCCGACAAUCUCAACACCAACGUUGCUAUCGAUAUGUUUAUUGAUAGCGAUAAAACGGCUGCUCAGAACCCUGCCAAGGCCAAGUUCGAACUCAUGGUUUGGUUUGCAGCCUUUGGCGCUUCUACUCAGCCUAUCGGUUUUGCCGCGGGUCCUAUAUCCACCCAGAAACUUGGUAGCGACACAUUCAAUCUUUAUUCCGGCAUAAACACAGCGACGAAGCAAAACGUCAUGACCUGGUACACCGACACGCCCAUAGAAAAGUUCAACGGAGACAUCUCUCCACUCAUUAACAAAGUGUUCAACCUCCCCGCUACUACCGACCUUCCCAAGUCCAGCGACUACUUGGGAUACCUGGCUCUGGGCUCGGAGGCCUUUUCCGUGGACAAGACCGUCACGCUUUACGUACCCCAACUCUCGAUAGAUAUAGAAACAUCCUCCACAUAA